CCAGGAGUCACCAAGAUGCCUAUCCUGGAAAAAAAACCCCAUAAGAUGCCUGAAAAAACUUCAAACAGUGAGGAGGAAACUCUGCCCAAAUUGCCAGUGCCCCCAUUGCAGCAGACGCUGGCCACCUACCUGCAGUGCAUGCAACACCUGGUCCCUGAGGAGCAGUUCAGAAACAGCCAGGCCAUCGUGCAGAGAUUUGGGGCCCCUGGUGGCCUUGGUGAGACCCUGCAACAGAAACUCUUGGAACGACAGGAGAAGACAGCCAAUUGGGUGUCUGAGUUCUGGCUCAAUGACAUGUAUCUCAAUAACCGCCUGGCUCUGCCCGUCAACUCCAGCCCAGCUGUGAUCUUUGCUCGGCAGCACUUUCAAGACACCAACGACCAGCUAAGGUUUGCAGCCAGCCUCAUCUCGGGUGUGCUCAGCUACAAGACUCUGCUGGACAGCCACUCCAUCCCCACGGACAGUGCCAGGGGCCAGCUUUCAGGGCAGCCCCUCUGUAUGAAGCAGUACUAUGGGCUCUUCUCUUCCUACCGGCUCCCUGGUCACACCCAGGACACACUGGUGGCCCAAAAAAGCAGCAUCAUGCCUGAGCCUGAACAUGUCAUUGUGGCCUGUUGCAACCAGUUCUUUGUCUUGGAUGUUGUCAUUAAUUUCCGCCGUCUCAGUGAGGGGGAUCUGUUCACUCAGUUGAAAAAGAUAGUCAAAAUGGCUUCCAACGAGGAUGAACGCUUACCUCCAAUCGGCCUGCUGACGUCAGACGGGAGGAGCGAGUGGGCUGAGGCCAGGACGGUCCUCGUGAAAGACUCCACCAACCGGGACUCGCUGGACAUGAUCGAGCGCUGCAUCUGCCUGGUGUGCCUGGAUGCCCCAGGUGGUGGGGAACUCAGUGACACCAACAGGGCACUCCAGCUCCUUCAUGGAGGAGGCUGCAGCAAGAAUGGGGCAAACCGCUGGUAUGACAAGUCCCUGCAGUUUGUGGUGGGCCGAGAUGGCACCUGUGGCGUGGUGUGUGAACACUCCCCAUUUGAUGGCAUCGUUCUGGUGCAGUGCACAGAGCAUCUGCUCAAACACAUGAUGAAGAACAGCAAGAAGCUGGUCCGAGCAGACUCUGUCAGUGAGCUCCCAGCUCCCAGGAGGCUGAGGUGGAAAUGUUCUCCAGAAAUUCAAGGCCACCUAGCCUCCUCGGCUGAAAAACUUCAACGAAUAGUAAAGAAUCUUGACUUCAUUGUCUAUAAGUUUGACAACUAUGGGAAAACAUUCAUUAAGAAGCAGAAAUGCAGCCCUGAUGCCUUCAUCCAGGUGGCCCUACAGCUGGCCUUCUACAGGCUCCACCAGAGACUGGUGCCCACUUAUGAGAGUGCAUCCAUUCGCCGAUUCCGGGAGGGGCGAGUGGACAACAUCAGAUCUGCCACCCCACAGGCAUUGACUUUUGUGAGAGCCAUGACUGACCACAAGGCUGCCAUUCCAGCUUCCGAGAAACUGCUGCUUUUAAAGGAUGCCAUUCGAGCCCAGACUGAGUACACAGUCAUGGCCAUAACAGGAAUGGCCAUCGACAACCACCUGCUAGCACUGCGGGAGCUGGCCCGGGAUCUGUACAAGGAGCCACCUGAGAUGUUUACAGAUGAGACAUAUCUGAUGAGCAACCGAUUUGUCCUCUCCACUAGCCAGGUGCCCACAACCAUGGAAAUGUUUUGCUGCUAUGGUCCUGUGGUCCCCAAUGGCUACGGUGCCUGCUACAACCCUCAGCCUGAGACCAUCCUCUUCUGCAUCUCCAGUUUUCACAACUGCAAGGAAACCUCUUCUACAGAGUUUGCAAAAGCUGUGGGAGCAAGCCUUACCGACAUGAGAGACCUCUGCAGUUCGCUGCAGCCAGCUGACGGCAAGUCAUUGGCAACAAAGGAAAAAGCCAUGAGGCCCAGCCAGGGGCACCAGCCUUGACUCCUGCCACUCGGUUUCAGCUCCUUGAGCCCAGCCUUCUGAGGCUGCUAGACCCUGCCAAAUCCCUGCUCCCAUCCCUCACUCCAGCUUUCUGUAGCUCCCCUCUCCUCAGGACCCAACCCACAGGUCACCUAGAGGCAUCACACAAGGCUGCAGUGUUAGCAAGAAAGGGUCCCUCGUUAUGCAUGGGAAUCAUCACUAUUCAUCAAGGUGCCCUCUGGUCUGUGCACUGGGAAGGGAAACCAGACUGGCUUGAA